AUGCCCUGUGACCCUUUCGGUCAGCUCUCUGAGGAUCGAGAUGAGUGGCGGGAGAAGAGGGAAGAGAUCGAGGCUGCCUUGAAGGUGGCCGAGGGAAAUGAUGCCGAGUUACCCGAGAACUGGUGGCCGACAACUCCAUCUGCGUCGCUUCCCCUUCACAGCCGACUCACGCGGCUCGGACCAAUGCCACCUUACAACAGUUUCAACAACCUCCAAGACGAAUGGCUGAGAAGGAAGAAUGAGAUAGACGAUGCCUUGGAGACAGAGCAGGCUCCCAGUGCCGAGGAGCUUGUACCGGGACAGGUCCAGCCAACCCGGAACCCUCAGGACGCCGUGGGGGAUUUGUCUACUCUAGGCGUUACGAGACAGGGGCAGCCGCACGCGAGCUCGGCAGUCAGCCAACAGAUUGAGGCGCAAAGGCCAUCACCAUCUCAACAUGAGGACAGGACAUCAUCCUCAAAGAAGCGUCCGGCCGAGGAGGCAUGGCCCGAGGACAGUCCGGCAAGCAAGCGGGCAUGUCUCAUGCGGGCCGAGUCCACGUCCGCUGCUUCCCAAAACGGCACGGGUCCUCAAGAGGUCGACAACGGCACGCCUGUCCGCCAGCCACUGGAGAAACUGCAAAACCUUCCGUCAACCAUCGGGGUCCCCCCAAUGUUUGAUCUGGGAGCGCCCUACAGCGGCGAAAGCAGCACAGCGCCCAGGAAGUGCCCGGCAGAGCUUCCCUCGCCCGAGGAACCACCAGCGAACAAGCGGGUUCGCAUUGUGCAAGAGACGGGCAACCAAGGCGACACACCCAAAGAGACGGACGAUCAGGUCAACACAGCCAGAGACGAGGUUCAGCCUCCUCCUGAAUAUGCCCUCCCGACACCCGAAAAAGCCAGCGACACGCCGCGCCGUGGCCGUGGCCGCCUGAGAAAGAAUUUCGACGCGGACGAGCCGCCUGUUGAAGUGGAGCAGGAUCCUAUCUUGGUCGCUACACCCCGCGGCCACGGCCGCCCCAAAAAGGGUCCAGAGACACCCGUAACCAUAACACCCAGGCGUACCCGGGGCCAUUCUAGAAGGGAGCUAGAAGCUGGUUCCGCCGUGACGCCUGCUCGGCGCGGGCGCGGUCGCCCGAGAAGGCAGCCUGCCGCGGCAAACCAGACUCCGGCGGAGAGCGAUGUGGCCUCGGGCGGCACCCCCAAGUGCGGUUGCGGCCACACGCCCACACCGGAAUCGGCUCCCAGCCUCGCGCCGACGUGGGACAAAAGGGCUGUCCGGGCCGCUACCGAGCCGCUAAAUCAGGGAGGGGAGGGGAUGGAGGCCACAGAGGCGGGCACGCCGCUGCGCACUAGAGCUGGGCGGGUUUCGAGGCCGCCUCAAAGAUGGAUGCAGUAG